CACCUAAAACUAAUCGAGGUAGAUAUGGGGUUAUAUACAUAUAUAUAAAUUUUCAAGAUGACGAGACGAGAUGAAAUCCGAUUGCCUGUCCGUCUGUCCGCCCGUCUGUCUGCGCAAGCUGUAACUUGAGUAGAAAUUGAGAUAUCCUAAUGAAACUUGGGACACGUGUUCCUUGGUAAAAAAGUGAGAACGAGUUCGUAGAUGGGCGUAAUCGGAUCACUGCCACGCUAUAACUAAGCACUAAAUUGUGAUAUAAAACUGUAGUUUGGCACAGGGGAUCACAGAAGCAAUGUUUUAAAAAAUGGGCGUGGCUCAAAUCUCUUAGAAGUUUAAUGUACAUAUCUCCUAAACUAUUUAGGACACAACAACUAAAAUGGCGAUAAAUAAAUAAAUAAAUGCUUCAGAGACAUAAAAUUUUACACCCGAGAUGGUAAAAUAGGACCGGGGUCAAAAUUGAACGUUGGGCGUGGCACUGCCCUAUACCUCAGGACCCACUCGACCUAUAUCGACCAUAUUUGGUAUGUAAUAUUAUCUUUACAUUCUUAUGACUCAGUGCGAAAAUGGGUGAAAUCAGACUACAACCACGCCUACUUCCCAUUUAACAAUAUUAAUAAAUUCCAUCUAAUCUUUUCAUUUGCCAGUAAAUCAAGCACCAAUUAAAGUAUGAAAAUAAAACUUUGCACGAAUAAUGCCUUUGAGGUGCGCCACCUUAUUUCCAAAAAUCGUAUAAAUCGGACUAAAACUUUCUCAGCUCCCAGAUACCGAAUAUGUGGAUAUAUUAUAGUGUUUGGUUCUGUUCGAACAAUUGGUUUUAGCUAAUUUUGACAUGCGGUCCAUAAAAUAGUUUAGAGAUCACAUACAUUUUCAUUAAUGUUGGUAUUUUGAACAUACAAAGAGCAGCCUCAUGUCAUUAAUCAAGUUUGUUAAUAAUCGUUGUAUCACUUUUCAAAUAACCAUGUUCCUUUAUAGUCUAAUAAUACAGAAUUUCUUUACUUAUUUAUUGUUGUAUUGAGUAUAAAUAUUAAAGUAAACUAUUCAUAAUUACUCACGUGAUUACGAUUACACGCGACAUUUCGUGUGAAUGUCAUCUGUAAAAGCUUUCUUAACCACCCAGCAGGAAAUUGGCAAUGUAUGGCUUGUGUAAUGUUAUUUAUUAAUAGUUAUAAUUUCCUAUAAAAACAAUUCGAUGCUAUGACUAUGAAUAUAUAAGCGGGGAACUACUUAAAUAUGUUGAUUAUACUCGUAUAUGCAAAAGUUACCUCGGAAAAUUAAUGUUAGAAAAAUGCAAAUAUUAUGUGCACGCAUGUUUUUUAGAACUAAAUUUCCGAUUGUGAAAGUUUAAUAAAAACACAUGUUAGUAUGUUGGUAAAUAUUAUUAUUCUAUAAUUUUUAGUAUUGUAACGCUUUACGGUAAUUUUAAAACCCUAUCUUGCAACUAAUUUCUAAUAAUGAUUUAAUGCGAAAUAAUAAUGCAAUUUGCACUAGCAAAACUGUGCGCUUUUGAAUAUUUAAUUACCUGUUUAUAUAUGUUCAGGUGCGCAAAUCGAUAGAAAGUGCAUAUUCUCACAUACAUACAUAUGUAAAUGUGUAUGUUUAUACAUUGUAUUCUAACUAUUAUUCAAUUACAUACACGAUUAUAUUACAUAAUUGAUAAAGCGCAUUGCCGCUCGAAGAACGCUGCUGAACAACGCUUGCUCUCAAAGCAGAGAUUUUAGUCGCGCGUUGUCGUACUGUAACAACGGUUAUAUGUUAAGUAGUUAUAGUUAAGUGUGUAGGUGCUGGUAUUAAACAAAAAUAGCAAAAUAGACUUGAAAAUAGUUCAGUUUCUAACAAAAAUUGUUUGCUAAAUCGUAAAAUCGUUCCUAAAUAAAUAACUAUAACGUUCACAUGAAGAGUAUUGAAUUUGUUGUAACAACCAUUCAAAAAGUGACUCCGUUAUAAAUUACCCUCGUUCUGAUAGCGCUCACCUCUCGGCUGUAACAACAUUAAAAAAACUCUGCGUUAGAAUAGAAAGUUCGGCCUAAAUUUUAUUAUUAUUACUUGCGCACUUUAUUAUUACGUUUACUAUUAUCACUAUUAGCAGGACUUUGAAGUAAUAUUAUAUACAAGUAAUAUAAUAUUUUAUUACUGUAUAUUACUAUACGAAGUAUCACAAGAUGAGAGUCAACAAUGGACGAUUAUGGGGUAAAUUUAAUAACGGUGAAUUCGAAGUGAGAAGUUUAACUGAAUCUGAUUUGGAAGAGGCUUUAGAGAUAUUAGACAAGUCAUUCUUUUUGCACGAGUCCGUUUGCAUAGCCUGUGAAAUUAACCUGCCCGAAAAUGCGCAAGCGCGUUCCGAACUUCGCGAACUAUGUCGCCUAACAGCGUAUGACGGUGUCUCAUUGGUAGUCAAGCAUGUGGAGAGUGGAAAGAUAGUGGGAGUUUCAUUCAAUAAAAUACAGUACAUACCACCGAGCGGUCAGGAUCCUUUCUUCAUACAAUUCCGCAAAGAGCGCACAAAAUCACCGCAAGCUCAGUGCCUUAUGGACUUUAUGAUCGAUGUAGACUCGGAGACCGAUGUAUUUGAGCUUUAUAAAAUUGACACGCUCCUGGAGUUAAUGUUCCUAGCAACAUUACAAGAAUGGGGCCGUCGUGGUGUCGCAUGUGAAUUAGCGCGGUACACCAUACAAUUGGCACACGAGCUCUCCGAGGGCGUUGGUGUUAAUGAAAUGCAUCUCCAACUACGCGAUAUGCGUCCCAAAGCUAUAACGGCAAUCUUUACCUCCAUAUUCUCACAGAAGGCUGGUCGUUCGCAGAAUUUCAAAGUGAUCAACAGUGUGCCCUAUACACGCUUUACCUAUAAUGGCAAAACAUUCGAUCAAUCUAUUAAUCCUUUGCACAAAACAGCAGAACAUGUGGUGUUUUUGUUGUAAAGCAAGAAUAAACACAAUUGUUGCAGUGAUUAACGUAGAAUGGCUUGAGAGCACUUUAUUUGCAAUGAACUUGAUUUGGUAAUAAACGAAUAACCUAACAGCCUUUGUUAUGAUCGAAGCGUCUUUGCGCUAGGUGUUAGCUUAAUAAUUAUUAGUAGUAAAUCAUUGUCGUUUUGUAAACUAAAUGUUGUCAGUAAAUAAUCACAAUUUUAAUGCAAAGACAAGUAAAGAGACGAAUAAAAAACUGGUGUAGAUAAUAUUUGAGAAUAACUUUAA